AUGUCUGCUUCAGUUAGCUCAGCUGAUGGCUCUGUUCUAACAAGAUUCACAAUCUUCAAAGCUUUGAGCGGCUCGGAUGAGGGAGUCAGACCCAUAGAGCUGGGAUCGGAAGCGGAUAGUGGUGGUGCACAUGCUAUAGCCGUAUUCAGGGAGGAGGACGCGCUCGAACCUGAAGCCGGUGGCAACGAGGGUUCAGGCGAGCACAACCCUACUGCUGUCAAUUGGAUUGGCGUCCCGGACCCCGUAGGAGUUGCCGAUGGCGAUCAGUCUCAGGCGCCAGCGUUGGAUGGGGGAGACGACAAGACGGACGACGACGAUGAGGAAGAAGUGGAUAGUGCGCCAGCUAAGCGCCGACGGAGGUGGAUGACGACCGAUGACACUCCGGGUAGCCGGAAACGACGUAGAUCAGUGGAUGACGUGGAUGACGGCGGCGGAUCUAGCCGGAGAAAAAGGAACAAGAAGUGGGGGAGCUUGGCCGUGGUGGUGGCCGGCAAUGGUGCGCCCGUGGUGGAGCUUCGGAGGCGCGCAACAUACGCGAGCAUGUUCGCCACCCCACCGCUCGCAAAUAUUGGCCCAGUGUUCUACACCAUAGCUGUUCCCACUGGAAUCGCCGGUCUACUCACAAAUCGGUACGCCGGUCCGGUAGAUCGCAAGUUCUAUGCCUCUCUGCUAGCUAGAGUGAACCCGAGGACGAUGACUUCCGUUUUCUUUGAUGGUGAAAUCAGAAGAAUUACUGUGAGGGACGCAGUUAGGAUAUUUGGUGUGAGUGGUAGAGGUAGGCUAGUGGAGUUUGGAGCGCCGCAGCACAGGUCUGAACUUAUGGCCACCAUCAGGAAAUUCUUGCGGCUUGAAGGAACAGGAGCUGUUAGUGUGCAGGAGUGCCGAGGGGUGAUUAGCAGAAUCAACCCCUGCUGCAUGAACAGAGAGGACACAGUUGCUUUCGUGGUUGCUAUGACCAUCGUGGUUUGCGCAACAUACAUGGCUCCCAGGCAGUCAGUUCAAGCCAUUCCUGAGGAGAUCUUGCUGGUGGUUCAAGAUCCAACACAGAUAGGGUCGUACAACUGGGGGGCGUACUUUUUUGAGAAUACUAGGAGGGGUGCAAGGCGGCUGCAUGGAGACAUAGGAUCAGGCAUGGACCAUUGCAUCUUGGGUGGAUGCCCACUUUAUUUGGACUACUUUGCCCUGGAUUGGUUGGACUUUGGGAGCCACAAUUUGUGUUCAAACAUGGCGCCUAGGAUUGCAGCCUACACACAAGAUCAAGUAGCCAUGUUGAUUAAGGUUCUGAAAGCUAACCCUAUUGCUUACAAAACUAGACUAGAAGGGUACAUAAGGAACAUGGAAUUGACAUGGCAUCCUCUGAUGGCAGGCAGCAUUUCACUGGAUGAUGUAGAAGAGGUGGGUCAAGUUGCUGACAAUAACAAUACAACUAUUGGCACUGCUUCCAUGGCCGAGGACAUAAGAAAUGAAACCGGCGACCCACCUACCAGUAAGUCUGUUUCAUUCUCAUUUGUGUAUUCCAUGGUUUUCAGAAGUUAA